AUGCAUCAUCAACGAGUAAAGUUAUUAAUGCUUAUGGUUGAAAGCGCAAACAAUCCAUUGCAAGUAAGUACCUAUUUAGCAAUGCAAACGGUGAUUAAAACUUUUCACCAGUUAACUGCUACUAAUGAAAAACAGCAUCCGAAAAAGCUUCAGAAAAAAGGAGGAUUACUGCAUUUUGGUUACAUAUACGACUUGUACUCACAAUUUGCAAAGGUUUUAGAAAUAUAA